UGGCUUCAUUAACUCCGUGACGCAGCAGUAUAGCAACAACACCCCCACGAACGUGGAUCAAAGCAAGCCUUGCAGGGUUCCAAGAUGCCACACAUUGAUAAUGACAUUAAGUUAGACUUCAAGGAUGUCCUCUUGAGGCCCAAACGGAGCACGCUCAAGUCCCGCAGCGAGGUGGAUCUCAUGAGGUCCUUCGUGUUCCGCAACUCCAAGCAGACGUACGGCGGCAUCCCCAUCAUCGCCGCCAACAUGGACACCGUCGGCACCUUUGAGAUGGCCAAGGUCCUUUGCAAGUUCUCUCUCUUCACUGCCGUCCACAAACACUACAGCCUGGAUGAGUGGAAGGAGUUCGCCGCUCACAACCCGGAUUGCCUGCAGAACGUGGCCGCCAGUUCAGGCACCGGGCCCUCGGACUUUGAGCUGCUGGAGCAGAUCCUGGAGACGGUGCCGCAGGUGCGCUACAUCUGCUUGGACGUGGCCAACGGCUACUCGGAACACUUCGUCCAGUUCGUGAAGGACGUGCGCAAGCGCUUCCCCGAUCACACCAUCAUGGCUGGGAACGUCGUCACGGGGGAGAUGGUGGAAGAGCUCAUCUUGUCUGGAGCCGACAUCAUCAAAGUGGGGAUCGGACCAGGACGGAGGCUGCAGCUGCCCGGGGGACGUGGCGAAGGCUUUCGGUGCUGGUGCGGACUUCGUCAUGCUUGGGGGGAUGCUGUCUGGACACACCGAGUCGGGUGGAGAUCUCAUCGAGAAGGGGGGCAAGAAGUACAGGCUCUUCUACGGCAUGAGCUCCGAGGUGUCGAUGAAGAAGUACGCUGGGGGUGUCGCCGAGUACAGGGCGUCCGAGGGGAAGGUCGUGGAAGUGCCGUUCAAGGGCGACGUGGAGCACACCGUCAGGGACAUCCUGGGCGGGAUCCGCUCCACCUGCACCUACGUGGGGGCCGCCAAGCUGAAGGAGCUGAGCCGCAGGACCACUUUCAUCCGCGUCACCCAGCAAGCCAACCCCAUCUUCGGAGAAGCCAGCCAGCCUUGAGCCCUUCCCCGAAGGCGACCUCUGCUCCCCGGCCUCUCACGUCAUGUCUAACUUUAGGGUUUCAAACGAGCGAACGAGUCAGAGAUGAUGGCCUGGACGUUUGGGGGCUGAUCAUUUGCCCCACCCAUACCUGGUGCCGACCAGAUACAGACGUCGCCACUGCCUGCCAUCCCCCCACCGGGUCAGGUGAACUCUCACUCCUCCCGACAAACUCCUCCCACUUCAUGGCAUUCCCUGCUCAUUCCAGUGUAGGCUGAUCCACACAUCCACACGUCUCGGUUAGUGGGAAAACAUGGAUGGGUCUGGAUCCAUUUCGCUUUAUUACCAACAUUCGUAUAACCUUUUUCAAACAUCACACCUCUCGGAGCGGAGCCUGCGUUGCCCAAUUCCGUCUUCGUUUCCCUGAGACCAGCUCAGAGGGGAGCAGGGGGACCCGUCCCUUCCGUGAGAUAAGAGGAGGGAUUAUCCAUUCCCCGGCCCCGAGACAAACCGGAAAAAGACAACAGAGAAAUCUAGAGGAUGAUUUCACAGUGUUUACUGAAUAAAAAUCAUAAAGCGA